AUGAGUACCGGUGGCAGUGUGCUUUACCCACGUAUCCUCCCUUACGAAUAUAUAUUUGUCGAUAAGACGGCUCGAAUGACCAUUGAUAUAUGGAAGGACCUCUUUCUGCAGUAUGAAUGGCGAAUUCCACACACCGCUCAACGAAUACAAGAGGCUCUCAAGAACUUGAGAACUCAAACUCUUGCUCUUGAUAUUCAUGCUAAUCGGCUGCGGAUGCGAAUUCGUGAAGUUGGGAAACUGUUUGGCAAGUACGAUGACGAACUGAAUAGGUUGAUACGUAAUGCUGAGAAACACACGUACCCUUCUGUGAAAAAGGAUACCCUUAAGUGGCUGGCUAACGUGAAAGUGAAUAAAUGUAACCCUAAUGGUCGAGGCUCUUUGACUAAGUCGUCAAUCAAGCAAGAUAUGCUCCGAGUAUACACACAACCAGCAGUUAGGCUCAUCCCCGGUACAUUGGAUACCUGCCACAGUUGUGAUGUUCUCCUAGCAACGCGUACACCCUGCAUUCUUUGUUCGCGCUGUGGUCGGCUGGUGUGUUCAAUUUGCUACGUCUUUGUAAACUCUGGACCAGAUUCCAAACCGGACUUGCCCCUAUGUCGACCAUGCGAUCUGAUUUUCUCCUUUUCACCUAAAGCUAUGUAA